CUGCAGGACCAGGGCAUGCUGGGCUCCGGCGCCGAGGACAUCGCCCAGUUCCUCCAGCAGGAGGACCGCCUGGACACAUUCAACAAGGAGGUGAUGUACUGCUACGUGGACCAGCUGGACUUCUGCGGGCGGGACUUCGUCUCCGCGCUGAGGGCCUUUCUGGAGGGCUUCAGGCUGCCGGGGGAGGCCCAGAAAAUCGACCGGCUGAUGGAGAAGUUUGCCGCCCGCUACCUGGAACAGACGCUGUUUGCCAGUGCGGACACGGCUUAUGUGCUGGCCUACUCCAUAAUAAUGCUCACCACAGACCUGCACAGUCCUCAGGUGAAAAACAAGAUGACCAAGGAGCAGUACAUCAAAAUGAACCGCGGGAUCAACGACAGUAAGGACCUGCCCGAGGAGUACCUCUCCUCCAUAUACGACGAGAUCGCCGGCAAAAAGAUCGCCAUGAAGGAGAGCAAAGAGUUCUCCAUCACGCCCAAAUCCGGCAAGCAG